CUCCGUCCCGGAGCCGCCGCCUUCUUCGGUCUCUCCUUCCAACCGUCCCUAUUAUCGUCCACCUCAAGUCCGGCCGAGCCGUCUUUCAGCCCGCCUCCAGUCACAGACCCCUCACUAACCAGCGAUGCCGCAGCCGGGGUGGUUGGCGAGCCGUCUCUCCUUCCAACCGUCCCUAUAACCAACUGGCUUAAGCCACGUCUGCUCCGAGUGGUGGUUGGCGAGCGGAUGCCGCAGCCGGGGAGCACCGUUCCGCCGGAGGAGGCGGUGCGCACGCACGGCCUCCUCACCGAGGUCCUCCAGGACCCGUCGGACCAAAAGCUCGCCGAGGCGUGGCGCGCCACGGUUUUUCUGAUAGCUUUAACAGUUGUUAAAUCUUUGAUGUAAAAGAAAAUGUAUCAGACAUGCUUUACUAAUAUUGGCGUCCUCUGUUUAUAAAUCUUUAGCCAUAUAGUUGUUGGUUGGGAACUUGUUUACUUGGCGUGACUUUCCAAGAGUGCAGCAGUGAGCGCUUUGCUGAAUCAUACUCUGAUUGGUUUGAGAAGAUUCUGAGGAACUUGCAGAAAGGACCACCUAGCUUGCAACUUGUUACUUUGGUCUCUUGUACUUCCAUGUCUGAUCUAUUUGCGAGAUUGGCGAAAUAUUUGAACUUAAAGAAAGAGGCAUCAUCCUUUGCUGGAAGAGUUGUUGAACCAUUGCUGCUGCUUUUAAAUGAAAAUGGUCCAGUGGCGGAUGAAGCGAUUGAUUUGCUAAGGACAGUUAUUAAAUUGUAUCCCUCAUCUGUAAAUCGACACUACAAUAAAGUUGAACCACCAUUGCAGCAAAGAUUAUGAGUACAGAAGUCAAUGUAAAAUUAUCAAAGAAAUUUGCGAGAGUCUUAGCAAUGCUACCUUCUGUCCGAGUAUCUGAGGGCACUUGGUCAUUGAUGAUUCAGAAAGUACUGAUUGGUAUAAACAAUCUUCUGAACGAUGCCUUUGUUGGGCUGGAAGAAGAAAAGAAAGGGCGUGAGAUUAUGAUGCUUCUAGUUCCACCUGGUAAUGAUCCUCCACCAGUGUUGGGAGAUCAAGUAAAGUUGGGAGGCAAUCUGCAUGUGACAAAGAAAUUUCGUGUCUUCACUGUUCCUACCAUUUCAGCCCUUGCCCAUUGCUGCUGCAUGAUGCUGACUAGUUAUUACCCGGUUCAGGUCACCGUUCCUGUCCGUGCUUUGAUAGCUCUGUCACGGAGAGUGCUCUUAGUUGAUGGAUCAUUGCGCAACAAGUCGUUUCCUUCAACUACUUCCUUGCACCAAGAGCUUAUUUGUUUUGAGCUUCCAUCAUUGCAUUCAUCUUUCUUGGAUUUGCUCCAUGCAACUAUUAAAGGAAUGCGAAGCCAACUUUUACCGCAUGCUGCUAAUAUUGUACGGCUUGUAACUGAUUACUGCAAAAUUGCGAAGUUACCUACUACGAGGACAAAAGUUUACAGCAUUGUUCAGCUGUUGCUGACCUCCAUGGGUGUUGGGGGGGUUCAUUGAGGACAGAUCACUGGAGGGCAAAAGUGGACUUGCUCCUAAUUAACAUAGCUACAAGUGCUUGUGACUCAGGAGCAGGGUAUGAGCCAUCAACAACCAAAGUCGGGGAGACAAGCAUAUCAGACUUUCGACUUGCUUCAUAUAAGGCAUUGCUGGCAUCUUUUCUUUCAUCUCCUCAUGCCCGACCACUUUAUUUAGCCCAAGGAACUGAACUCUUCAGAAAAGGGAAGCUAGAGAUAGGCACUACGCUCGCAGAGUUUUGUUCACAUGCUUUGCUGGCUUUGGAUGUUCUUACGCACCCUCGAGCCCUUUCUCUAGAAAAGGCAGGUCCUUUAGUCCCUGGACUCAACCGCAGUGAACCAGAAAAGGCAAUUUUUGGUGCUGGCACAUUUAACUUUUCACCAUCCGAAGGGCAGCGCCAGGUUAUUGCGGAUGAAGAUACUUAUGAUGAUUGGUUGCCAUCCAUCAAGGAUAAUGAACCGACAGAAAAGUCCACUCUUGUAAAAGAAGUUCCGCAAAUUGGUUCACAUACAAUUGCUGAGGCAGUAGAAGAUGUUCCUGCAUGCAACAGGAGUGAUGCCAUUAUGGUGGUUGCGACCACAGAAAAAACCUCCCAGCCAAUGACAGUGGAUAAUCCUUCUAGCUUCAAUGCUGUUUCAAAUCCAAUCUACUCAAGGCCACCUGAAACACAGAAAGCCACAGCUACCCCCUUUCGAGAGGAAAAGCGUGCUGAUCAUGUUAAUUCUCUUCUUCAGAAUAAAAGCUCAGCUGCGGUCAACCUACCAUUCCGCAAUCUGGCAACCUCAGGUGAUAAACCAUCUGACCCAGGUGUUGCUGCUCCGAGCAGCUAUAAAGAUGCUCCGAGCGAGAUACAAGACGGCGACCCGGAUUCUGACUAUUGAGCUUUCUUCAAUCAAGGAUAAACAUAUACCCUUGCCUUUUUUCGUCCAUCUUUAUCAGCAUAUCCCUUGGGGUCAGAGCCAUUUUUGCUAUAUAUAUGGCUCUGUUUAUCUAAAAUGACCAUCGGCUUAACGUUCGUGUAUUCUGUUGCUUUCUGUACCUAUGACACUUGCAUGGUUUGCCAGCGCCUUUGUGCCCAGUGCAAGGAAGAUGUGGCAGCUCUGUAGAAAAAUUAUACGAGGAUUAGUUAUUUCUUUUUUUGAGGACUUGAAGAAGAGGGACAAGUUGACAAACGUUAACCAUGAAUUCCAAGCCAAAAAUCACCAGCUGUUCAAGCAGAACAAUAAUAUAAAACGCCAAUGGUUAACUGUAUAA